AACCUUAGGUCAAGUGGUGUGCUUUACUGAACGACACUACAAGUCCGUUCACCUACAAAUCAACGUGCUUGCCUUUGAAGAAGGCUAUGCCUGGAAGAUAAAACACAGUUUUGAGGAUAAGGCGGAGGAAUUUAAUCUGGAAUUCGAGACACUUCCGGCAUUGGAUUCUGAGAAAAUGCUGCCCGAAAUGGGACCUUAUUUCCUGGCCGAGUUACCCGACGAUAGCACACUUAUAACGCGGCAAAUGAAACACUUUCCCAUUCAUUUUGCAAGGGACGUGUUCUGUUCGGAAAAUCUUCUUAAUACAGACUCCAGGGACAUAGACGCAGCGCAAGUUUGUCGAUUCAUGUUGCCAUGCCCACUCUAACGCCCACAAACCGCCCAAAACUGCGACGCC